AUGAAGAGCCUUUUUACCCUAUUUCUUGCUGUUGCCUCUGUACAGGCUAAACCGGCUGCAGUUAACCAGCCAAGAGACCUCACUGCCCGAGGUGUCGACAUCAAGGUCCAGUACUACACAGAUGGCGGCUGCAAGGACUACGCUGUAUCGUUCCACCCCAGUACCUCAAACUCGUGCUAUGGUUAUAGCUAUAGCAACACAAACAGCGCAAACAUCGUCAGCUGCAGUGGUCGCGGUACUGUCUGUUCUUGCUAUUUCUACGAGCAGGACAACUGCAAGGGCAAAUCCGCCCGAGCAGUUGCUCUUGAAGGAACGGAUGGCUCCACCUGCCAGAGUAAUUGGGGCAAGGGCUACAGGUCGAUGCAGUGCUACACCAACCAGUUUUAG